UCUUUAACAGAUCCACCAGAAUUCAACAGCUUUAGUAAUGAUGUAGUUGUUGUGGAAGGUGACCCAAGUGUUACAUUAGAGUGUAUCGCAGAUGGUGAACCAACACCAAACAUCACCUGGACCAAAGUAUAUGCUCAUGGCAGUGACAGUAGUGUACUGGGAACUGGGAAUCAGUUUGUCCUUGAAACCAACAGAAAUAACAGAGGAAAAUAUCGUUGUACAGCAUAUAAUGGAAUAGGAACUGCACCAAAUCGCACAGUGAAAGUAGAAGUUAACUGUAAGUAGAUAACUGUAUAUUGUACCUGUGGUUGAUUUUUAUUUUUCGUAGAAUGUGGGAUUGAUUGUCAUAGUACGUAAAAAUAAUGCAAAAUAAAACUCCAAAAUGGAAAAAAAGUGUAAAUCAACCACAAACAAAAAAUAUAAGUAAAGAUUUGCUUUUGUAUGAGUGGUAUAGUCAUGUGGGUACUUUUAUUGAAAUAUGUUGUGAUAAUGCGAGCAGGGCCUGCACCAAAUCGCACAGUGAAAGUAGAAGUAAAGAUUUGCUUUUGUAUGAGUGGUAUAGUCAUGUGGGUACUUUUAUUGAAAUAUGUUGUGAUAAUGCGAGCAGGGAACUGCACCAAAUCGCACAGUGAAAGUAGAAGUUAACUGUAAGUAGAUAACUGUAUAUUGUACCUGUGGUUGAUUUUUAUUUUUCGUAGAAUGUGGGAUUGAUUGUCAUAGUACGUAAAAAUAAAAUAUAAGGAAAGAUUUGCUUUUGUAUGAGUGGUAUAGUCAUGUGGGUACUUUUAUUGAAAUAUGUUGUGAUAAUGCGAGCAGGGCCUGCACCAAAUCGCACAGUGAAAGUAGAAGUAAAGAUUUGCUUUUGUAUGAGUGGUAUAGUCAUGUGGGUACUUUUAUUGAAAUAUGUUGUGAUAAUGCGAGCAGGGAACUGCACCAAAUCGCACAGUGAAAGUAGAAGUUAACUGUAAGUAGAUAACUGUAUAUUGUACCUGUGGUUGAUUUUUAUUUUUCGUAGAAUGUGGGAUUGAUUGUCAUAGUACGUAAAAAUAAUGCAAAAUAAAACUCCAAAAUGGAAAAAAAGUGUAAAUCAACCACAAAAAAAAAAUAUAAGUAAAGAUUUGCUUUUGUAUGAGUGGUAUAGUCAUGUGGGUACUUUUAUUGAAAUAUGUUGUGAUAAUGCGAGCAGGGCCUGAAAAAGCCAUACAGCCUAGCAUACAGGAGGGUGUUGUGAUAUGCAGGGUGAAUAAAUGAUAUUAAAAUAAAAGCUGAAACCUAGAAUGAAAAAAAAAAAAAAAGAAAAAAAGAAAGGAAAGGAGGAGCAAUCAGUCGUCCUAUGGAAUUGGACUGGACAGAAAAAUGUUGGGCUCUUGCGACAUGAUGUACAACGUCACAUGCUCUGAUGCAGAUGCAUGAUCAGAUAUUGUUGUUUUUCUCUCUUUAGAUAAACCAGAGAAUGUAAAGUUAAUGGUUAAUGACUCGGUUGUUUGUAAAAGUGAUGUUAUCAGUAUCACGUGCUCAGCAGCUGGCAAACCUGCGGUGCAUACUUAUCAACUGUUUGAGAAUGAAAUACCAGUUUAUGGUGAAAAAAGCUCAGCGGGGGUUUGGAUAAGAAAAUAUUUAAAAGGAGGAGACUUAAGCUACAGAUGUGUGGCUAAUAACACUGUUGGUACAGCUGAGAAGACUGUAAAUGUCACAGUUAAAGGUACAGUGUAAGAAGGUAGUCGUUACCUGUUACAGCUAGUAGCCUACAUAUGGUAAAUGAAUACUGUUGUAGGGUGCGAUGCCUUUAUACCAUUUUCCCCGUAAUGUUGUGCAUUGCGUAUUUAACUUCAAGUGCCAAUGACACAUGAGUACUUUUGUCGGUGAGGCUGCUUUUGUUAUUGUAUUUUGGUUCCACCGUUUCUUGUAGUUUACAUUAUAAUGAAAUAAUUUAAUUCAGGUGUCACAUGUAAGUAAAAAAAACACUCGACACCUGUCCACUUUAGGUGAAAAGCAAUCACAGCACUUUGCCGUAUCGUCUUAUGAAGGCUUUUACAUUCUUACUCUGUUGAAACAAUCAUGUUUCUUCAACUGUUAACUGAUGACUGUCUAGACUCCAUCCUAUUCAGGGCUCCAAUUGAAAAAAUUAUCGCCAUAAAAAAAAAAGAAAAAAGAAAAAAAAUUUGGUCACCCCAUUCACAUUCCAUAUUAUGCUACAUGAAAGUCUAGUGAGUCUUAUGAUACUGUACGUGUGCAACACUUUUAUUUGCCAAAUUGAAAAGUAUGCUUGCUGGCGAUGAAGGGAAAGAGAUUGAAUAAUUUCAGUGUAUCGCUCAGCUGAGAAACGUCUCUCAUUUGAAGUGAGCUGAAAUAUUCAUAAGGUGUAAUAAGGAGCGGAAAGCGUUUGAACGCUAUCUUUUCCCUUUUCAAAUGGAACUGAUAUCAAACAAGGAGAAACUGCGACGUAAAAUCAUGUCCUUUUCAGUAAUGCUUACCUUUAUACAUUUCAGUUUAACUAAAGCUACCACAGUCCCUUAAUCAAAUUUUGCUGAUCAAAAACAAUGAUUGAUAUCCAAUUAUUUAAGAGCGUAGGAUCAAAGCAUGGUCAAAGAGAUAAUAUUUCUCGUCAUCGAUCUAUAAUGCACAACUGAAGCCUACGUAGUUGGUGACUACAUUUAUAAACCCACUUUCUAGAUUCACUAAAUUCGUAAAUGAAGUUAUUAAGGGAAGAGACAGUUACAAUUUAGAUCAUGACGUAAACUUUGUACGAUUUGAAAUAGGAUCAGAACUUAUCAAAUGUGUGCUUGACUGUGGUUGAACAGUACACCUUUAGAAGUACACUGCAUUAGAAUUAUUUGUUCUGUUUCAUACCUCAGUGCCUUCAUCUCUACCUGCAUUGCAAGAUUAGGGUGCAACUGAAGGUGACAAUAUGACUCUGUUGUGUCCUGUAUCUGGAAUGCCUCCCCCAGCCGUGUCUUGGAUGACAUCCAAUGGUCAGCGUCACAGUGGUUACAUGUUGGAGCUUACAAGCAUUAACAGAAGUCAAGCUGGUGAAUACAAAUGUGAAGCCAGCAACGAGUGUGGCAAUGCAACAAGGAAAGCAAGCAUUCAUGUGUAG